AACCUGUUAAUUAGCUGCUCUAUGUUAAUGAGGCAUGUGGGAAAACUUUUGGAGAAGAGUCUGCACUGUAAGUGUGUGUUACAGAGGUGGGGAGACUGGCAGGUCUACGGCAAGUGCAGGUGUCCAGGUUUGAGUUUUCAACAAGCGAGAAGCACCGUUCGGUACAAGAUGGCGGAGAACAACAACGGACUGGACCCUGCGUUCCACACCAAGGCGUGGACAAUCUGCUACGACUACCUCGGGCCGCCGUGGAAGGAGGUGCCGGAGAAGGAGUUCAUCGUUGAGACGCUUCCGGGGGGUCUUAGUAACUACCUGUACGUCUGCACUCUACCCGAGAAAUAUGCAGUCAAAGGUGUUCCCCGUAAGGUGUUGUUACGGAUCUACGGGGAGAUCCUGAGCGACGUUCCCACGGUGAUCCAGGACUCCGUCAUCUACAGCAUCCUGUCCGAGAAGAAACUGGCGCCUCAGCUCAGGGGGAUCUUUGACGGCGGCAGGCUGGAGGAGUUCAAGGAAUCCCGAACUCUGACGACAGCAGACCUACCCAACCCCACCCUGUCUGCAAUUAUCGGCAGGAAGAUGGCCCGGCUACACAAGUUAGAGAUGCCUCUGUGUAAGGAACCCAAGUGGCUCAGCGACCAUUUGAAAAGCUACCUCAGCAAUGUCCUGAACAACGUCUCCUUCAAGGAAGAGUCCAAGGCAAAGCAGCUGAAGCAACUGCUGGCGUACGACCUGGACGCAGAGCUGCAGUUCAUUCUCAGACUGAUAGAAGAUACCCACUCCCCCGUGGUGUUCUGUCACAACGACCUGCAGGAGGGAAACAUCCUCGUGGACGAACAGAACAGCGUUACCCCUAGCGACGAACGGGUCACAGUCAUUGACUAUGAGUACAGUGCCUACAACUACCGCGGCUUUGACUUCGCUAACCACUUCUGUGAGUGGGCCAUGGACUACAACCAUCCCAAGUGGCCUUACUUCACCAUCGACCCUGCAGCCUGGCCGUCAAGAAAACAGCAGCUACACUUCCUGGACGCAUACCUCUCGGAGAGCGGCGAAACAUCGGCCGACCGCGACGCCAUCCUGCGGGAGGUGGAGAGGUUUGCCCUGGUGUCACACUUCUGGUGGAGCCUGUGGGCCAUCGCGCAGGCCUACGUGAGCCACAUCAACUUUGGCUUCCUGGAGUAUGCCCUGGGGCGAUUCGACUGGUACUUCCAGAUGAAGAAGAACCUCACAUGUAACAGGAAACAUGCUGGCUUAUGAGUGUGAUUUGAAUAAACUGUUGGUAUCAUUUUUUAUGUUACACUUAGAAUGUAAGGUUGGUACAGAUCUGAAAUGUAUUGUCCUCAGGUUUGGUGUGAUCAAACUUUUACAUGUAAUAGGAAACCAGCUGAUU